AUGCUAUCCUUGCGCGUUCCUGCUCCUACCUCCUUCGAUUUCCGGCGGUUUAACGCCGGAGGUUUAGACCGGCGAUGGAGGCUAAGUAGAGAUUGCUUGUUUUCUCUCUCGCCGGAUUUCGCCGGUAGAGGAAUCGGAUUCGGAGUCAGAUCUGCCAAAUCGGAGAUGGCGCCGUUUACCGCGGCGGAGGAAGAAACUCUGCCGGAGGGACUCCAGCCGGAGCUGAUGCCGAAACACGUGGCGGUUAUAAUGGACGGAAACGGAAGAUGGGCUAAGAAUCGAGGUCUUCAACCUUGGGACGGUCACAGAGCCGGCGUUGAAGCUCUUAGAGAGAUCGUUGAGCUUUGCGGUAAAUGGGGAAUUCAAGUCUUAACAGUUUUCGCCUUCUCUACCGAUAAUUGGAUUAGACCUAAGAUCGAGAUCGAUUUCUUGUUGAGUUUAUUCGAGAGAACGCUUAAAUCGGAGUUCGACACCUUAGCAAAGAACAAUGUUCGGAUAUCGGUCAUUGGAGAUUCAUCGAAACUUCCAGAAUCUCUAAUAGAAGUGAUAAAUGAAGUUGAGGAAGUAACAAAGAACAACACUAGGCUUCAGUUAAUCGUAGCAGUUGGUUACAGUGGGAAAUACGAUGUUGUACAAGCUUGCAGAGGUAUUGCGAAGAGAGUGAAAGAUGGAGAGAUCGAAGUCGGGGAAAUAGACGAGAGAUUGAUCGAGCAAGAACUCGAGACAAACUGUACCGAGUUUCCUUACCCGGAUUUACUGAUAAGGACGAGUGGUGAGUUAAGAGUGAGUAACUUCUUGUUGUGGCAAUUGGCUUAUACAGAGCUUUUCUUUGCUCAAGAACUUUGGCCUGAUUUCGGGAGGAGCGGAUUUAUCGAAGCCUUGAUGUCGUUUCAACAGAGACAACGACGCUUUGGUGGUCGAAAAUCUUGA